AGUUCAUUGUUGUCCAAUCAUCUUGAAGGUGUUUCUGAGCUUUUCGCAGUGUUUUUCAGGAAAAUAUCCAGUGAAAAUGUCUCGUGGGAGCUCAGCAGGAUAUGACAGACACAUUACGAUCUUCUCGCCCGAGGGAAGGCUGUAUCAAGUCGAAUAUGCAUUUAAAGCUAUCAAUCAGGAGGGAUUGACCUCAGUGGCGCUCAAGGGGAAGGAUGUGGCCGUGGUGGCCACUGAGAAGAAGAUCCCGGACAAGCUGAUCGACCCCAAAACAAUUACUCAUCUGUACCGGAUCACGAAGAAGAUUGGAUGCGUAAUGACGGGGAGAAUUGCUGAUAGCAAGUCUCAGGUGCAGAGAGCUCGCUACGAAGCGGCCAACUGGCGCUACAAAUACGAGUAUGAUAUUCCGGUGGAUGUUCUCUGUCGCCGCAUCGCCGAUAUCAAUCAAGUCUACACGCAGAACGCCGAGAUGCGCCCCCUGGGAUGCAGCAUGAUCCUCAUCUCGUACGACGACGAGCAAGGCCCAUGUGUAUACAAGACCGAUCCGGCCGGCUACUACUGCGGCUACAGAGCUGUCUCCGUGGGCGUGAAGCAGACCGAAGCCAAUAGCUUCCUGGAGAAGAAGCUGAAAAAGAAGACGGACUUUGGCGUGGAUGAGGCUAUCCAGCUGGCCAUCACGUGCCUCUCCACCGUUCUCACGGCGGACUUCAAGCCGUCUGGCAUUGAAGUGGGAGUCGUCACCAAGGACAACCCAGACUUCAAGAUUCUCACUGAGGAUGAAAUCGAUGUGCAUCUCACUGCGAUUUCCGAGAAAGAUUAA